AAUUUGUUAAGAAAUAAUAGCUGAACCCUAACAAUCUUCAUAACCAAGAUGAACACAAGCAUGCAAUCUCCAUCUCUAGACGCUUGCAAAUCCUUUAAGCUCCAACAACAUUUCCAAUUCCUGAGAGGUAGCAGUUACCAUUACACUUCACCUUCAAUACAUAAACCCAAUUAUUGCGUUUCCUGCAGGGACACUGGAAGUAGAAAGUUCGACAGUAGGGAGAGGGUGAAAGUGAAUGGGAAGGGGAAGGAAAAUGUGUGGAGCAUUGACAACGAAAUGGCAAAGACGGACAAGGAAAGAGAUAAGCCGAGGAGAGGGAGGAGAAAAAGAGGUGGAAAGAGGAUGAGAAAUGUUACUAGGAAAAGCAAAGGUGAUAGAAUUAUGAUCUCUAGUGCUAUGUUAAUGGAAGUCGAAACCGUUUUACAGACUCAGGAACCUGUUAUCAUACCUUCAUGGAAUACAUUUAUUAGUAGUGUCAGUGGGAUAUGGAAGGGAGUUGGAGCUGUUUUUUCUCCCAUCACGGCAGAGAUGGAACCUAUUGAGAUUGGCAACAAGAAUGAACACCUCUUUGACUGCUAUACUCUCUCUCGUAUUGAUAUAGAGCCAUCUCCUUCUGCCAGUCAAAGAUCUCUAAUUCGAAGGAAAGUAAAUUGGGUAACAGUGAAUCCACAUGGAGAAGUUUCAGAGUCGAAUGGGGGUAACAACAGAAGCACAGAUGCAGCAUCGUCCUUCGAUAUACAUGACGCCCCUGACAGAAAAUCCAGAAAUUUGCCAAAGUUUGAAUCUUUUGACUUUGGAAAGACUGAUAUUAUGGAGGAAGACAUUAUGGGAAUGGAACCUGGCCUUGUUUUCUUUGAGGAUGGAUCUUACUCAAGAGGCCCAGUUGAUAUCCCAGUUGGUGAAUCUGAUGACUCUAACUAUUAUCUCUCACCAACUUUUAAGUUUGAGCAAUGUCUGGUAAAAGGUUGUCACAAGAGACUCCGCAUGGUGCACACAAUAGAGUUUAGUAAUGGGGGUUCAGACAUCCAAAUAUUGAGGGUUGCUAUGUAUGAAGAGCAGUGGGUUAGUACUGCUAAUCUAGCUGACCAAAGUGACAUGGAGCUGGACGUGAAGCCCUUUUCUCAAAGACGAAGAGUCCAACCAUCAGAGCUGACUGGAUCUUGGAAAGUGUUUGAGAUGAGUGCAACACCUAUCUACGGUGAGGACAACACAACGGAAACAACUCAGGGCAUGCCGUAUGUUUACCUAUGCACGGAAAACCUGAAGAAGAGAAGCCUCCCAGAAAAUCCAGUGUACUUUGGAGAAGAAGAAUUGUUAGACAUGCAGGAUGCAACAGUUCUUUGGCUACCAGGAGGCGUUACGAGUUAUGUUGAUGUGAACAAGGAUGGGACUCUAUGUAUAGGAGUUGGGUGGUAUUCAGAUGAAGGAGUGAACCUUGUUAUGGAAAGAGAUUAUGAAGCAGAUGGCAAACUGAAAGAGGUUCGAUCGAAGUCAGAGAUGAAGAGAAGAUGGACUAAUCCACCACCCAUGUAAACUUCUCUUUCUUUUGCUUUGAAUAAAGGUCAUGUCCCAGUUUUGAAUCCAUGGUCACAUAAAUGGAAUUCAAGUUUCAUGCAUUCACACAUUAGAA